AUGUCGAGCCUGGGCGCCUCUUCUUCCGCUGGCGGGAGCCAGCAUGCCCCUGCCGCCGCUGUUGCGGCCGUGCGCGUGGCCGAGCGCACCGUCGCCGAGAUCGAGGGCGACAAAUAUGACGACAGGGGCAAGUACGCAGACUUUGCGGAUCGCUGCGGAGGGACGAGGUCGCCCCUGGAGCUCCUCGGCGUCUGCGAGCAGCUCUACUGCGAGAACGCUGACUGCCGCCUCUCGCUCGUGGACGAGACGGGCUUAUGGACUACCGACCGCCGCCCCCUUAACGCAGAGGGACGUGGCGACGAGGACAGCGUCUCGCAACGGGAGGAGAGCGUCACUAAGAUCGGCAUCGUAGACAUUCGCAAGGGGCCACGGUACAUGAAGUGCCCAGAGCACAUGAGGCGCGAAGUUCGUCCAGGAACGCAGUACUUGCUGUUCCACUGGGGCACCUUGCUUGAGGGGGCAAGGCGAGCAUUCGCCAAGGACGUCCAGAAUAUUAAUCGCACAGUACAGCUUUCCGUCACGAACGGUGUGAGGGCGUGCAAGGAGUUCAACCUGCGCGUGCCGAAGGACGCCAUCAGGUUUCUCAUCGACGUUGGCAACAUCGUCAACGAUCAGCAGACGCCGAAGACGUUUGUGGAGAUAUUGGAGAACACGGUUGGCAUUGAGAAGGCAUGGACGAAUAAGAAGAGCGCGAACGCUUGGUCUGCUCCAGCUUUGGGUGGACAGGCGAAGCUCGAGGAGUGCAAGUUCGAGUUCAUCAAGACCAUGUCGAAGUAUUUGGGGACGUAUCGCAACUACGAGCUGUGCAACACGUCCUACAGGGAGAGCAAGAAGGUGGUCAUCGACGGUACUACCACUGUGUGGGCGGAGUUCAAGGGCCGCGCCCAUGCCGAGACUGCGUUCACGCACCCUAUGACGUCGAAGCAUGAGCGGACCUUCAUCGUCCUUGCGUCUGCACUUCGCAGGUUGCGCUACAACCACCCUCAGUUCAUCGUGGACGUCAUCAUGCAGUACCUCCCCGUGACCCCUGCAGCAGGCAACAUCGGCAGGGGUUUCCUGCAUUCCGAAGGACUGGCGCCCCUCGGCGUUUUCAAGGAGGAUGCGAUCGACAGUCUGAUGGAGUCAAUGAAGGAUGGGGGGGAGUCGGCUGUAUGGGAGCAGCUCAAGGCGGACAAGGCGAAGCGCAGCGAUAUGCUCCUGCAGGAUCUGAGGGAGAAAAAGAAGAGCCAGAAGAAAGCCGAGAUGAUCAAAAUGAAAGCCCCGAGAGCAGACCUCGUCAUCGACGAAGAGAACGACGUGGGGUUCCUGCACCACCUUCACGAGACCACCGAGUACAUGAUGAAGAUCGACUCGACGAGGCACGACGACAUCGCGUCCUUCAAAGACCUUGCUAUCCGAGGCUGCCCGAUGGACUCUGUGGAGGUUAUGAAGGGGAGGGGCAAGUCCAAGCUGAACGGGUUCUCGGCUCUUCGCAAGAUGGCCAAAGCCGCGCUGUACAAGAACGCGAACUUGGCGCCGAGGGCGGCUACCGCGGACGAGAAGGCAGAGGAGUACAUCUCGCAGAUUGCAGCGAUGAAGGACCACUUCGUCGAGAACAACAGCAGGCUUCCCAUCAUGGGUCGCAUGUGCGCUGCGAGGGCUUUGAGCAACGCGAUGGGCAGGGUUGCUGAGAUUGUGCAGAAGCAGACGGUCUUCGUGUCCUUGAAGGAGGCGGCGCUCGCUAUUGCCCAGGCUGCCACUGAGGAGGUGCGCGUGGUGAUCCCAGCUGAGUGGGACAUCGUCGUAGACUUCAUCGUCAAGGCAAAGGCGCAGGACAAGCUAGGCGACCUCGCGCUCAUCGGCUGGAGCAGCCUGCUCAAGCUGGACAACAACAACUUGUCCAACGGCUCCGUCUACCUCGACCUGCUGAGGGUGCAGUUGUGGAUGCACAUGUGCAGCGUCCUCGGUUUGCAGUGGUGCACUGUGCGCGAGGGUGGCGACCAACAGAAGCAAGCCAAGUUCUUACCACAGCUCGUGCAUCAAUCACUGCUGGAGGCGAUGGGCGAGAUUCAGUCGAGCGUGUCCCAGCCUUUCGACUUCAAGACGCCCGAGAAGCUGAACAAUAGCACGAAGGAGUUCAUAGAGUACUUCGACUUGCGGGGUAAGCCUGGGGCGGGCGCCAGCAAGCCCGUGCACUGGGAGACGUGGGCCGCGGCGUGGAUUGAGGAGUCCUUUUGUUGCUAUGACGUGGCAGUCGCGGCCGAUGGGCUCGCCUACAAAGUGAAGGAGGCCCGUGACCUGUGUGUUCUGCAGGGAGCGACGGCAGCGCAGAUGAAGCACUUCGUCAGGAAUACCACCAAGAAGGAACUCAAGGUAUCUGCACAGGUGGACGUCUUCACGAACGAGAAGAACAAUAUGGUGAAACAUAUCAUUGAAGCGAUGGACGCGGAGCACGCCGCGGAGUUAGCCUCCGAAGCGGUCCAAUCGGCUCCGACACGCAUGAUGAUAUUGAACCGAGUUGCGCUGCAGACCAAGCCAGCGUUGAAGGAGAAGGAGCCCAGGUCGGAGAAGAAGAAGGAUAAGAAGGCCACCUAUGGCGGCGAGAGCGACGAGUCUGACAAGAAGGCCGUGGGGCCGCCCUUGCUGCGAGAGUGGUUCACUGAGGUCCAAGAGCGAGAGUCCGCUGUGACCCAAUGGAACUCGGAGCUCAUGAAGAAGGUGAUCAAUGCCGCGGUGUCGGAGAAGAUGGCGCAGGUGAUGUUGACCGAGGGCCCUUGCCCUGCAGGCUGCAACCUGGCACUCGACAUCAAGGAGGAGGAGACAGCGAAGGGCACGAAGAAGACCUCAGUGGAUAUCAUUCGCAAGAACGUUCCCAACGCCACAGAGUGCAGGCUCCCGUACUGGGGGGAGGUCGUGGACGGCAGCGUGGCCCAGCACUUGCCGAGGCACUCCGUCAUGCAGCUGAAGCUUGCAAGCGGAGACGGGCCAGACCUCUGGCUCGGCGGGGCUCAGUUUCAGAAGGUUAAGCGCAGCGACUUCUGCCCAGCGUGGCUCAUCACGUACGUGCAGUCCCCGGACAAGGACAAGGGCGCAGAUGUACAGGAGCCGCCGAAAAAGCAGGGGCGGAAGUCGGCUACGGGAGUCAAGUACGAGCCUCACGACACGCCCGAAGUUCACUACGAGCCGAUGCCGAUCGAGAUCACCGUGAAUGGCGCGGCCGCCAUCUUCGACUACACCAGGCCGUGCCUGAAGGACGUCGCGGGCGACGGCAAAGAUGUGUUUGGCAUCCCGUGCCACCGCAGGGCGGUGGACAGCGACGAGAUGGACAUCAAGAAGAAGGGCAGGGCGCUUAAGGGCGCCUCUGGCUUUGCAGCCCACUAA